AAUAGUAAAGUACAGAUACCCCCAAAAACUAUUUAAGUAGUACUUCAAAGUAUUUGUAUGUAGAUACUUUACACCACUUUCCGUAAGCUGACUUGUGCUCAAGGGCCAAAGGGGGCAGGCAAGAGGAUAAGGCAAGCCCACAUUUCUAUGGGAACGCGUAGGGGUGUGGACUGGGAAGAGGGGCCGCUGCUGAUGUUGUUUACAGUUACAGGUUGCAAUAUCAAUAUUAACUUGCACGGUUUCAUGGCGGGGACGUCACGACAUGAUCGGGAGAUGGCAGUGAACGCCAAAAAACACCUGUCUGUGUGCACAGACCCUGUGGAAAGCUUGAGGUUGCAGUGUCUUGCAAGAGGCUCUUCUGGCAUCAAGGGUCUGGGCAGAACAUUCAAGAUAAUGGAUGAUGACAAUAACCGUACGUUAGAUAUGAAGGAGUUUAUGAAGGGCCUUAAUGACUAUGGUGUCCUCAUCGAGAAAGAGGAAGCCAUGGCAAUGUUUCAGCGUUUUGACCGGGACAACAGUGGAUUCAUCGACUUUGAUGAAUUUCUCCUCACUCUCAGGCCUCCGAUGUCCAAUGCCAGGAAGGAGGUGAUCAUGCAGGCCUUUAGGAAGCUGGAUAAGACUAAUGACGGGGUGAUCACUAUUGAAGAUCUAAGGGGAGUUUACAAUGUCAAGUACCAUCCCAAAUAUCAAAACGGGGAAUGGACAGAGGAGCAAGUAUUCCGCAAAUUCCUGGACAGCUUCGACUCUCCUUACGACAAGGACGGACAGGUCACCAAGGAGGAGUUUCUCAACUACUACUGCGGAGUCAGCGCCUCCAUCGACAGUGAUGUCUAUUUCAUUCUAAUGAUGAAAAAUGCAUGGAAAUUAUGAGUUUUAAGUUGAUACAUUUAUGAUAAUGAUUUUUAAUGGACAGUUCUUCAAGGUGCUUUCUUAAACUAAUAUUUUAUGGAAAUCAUGUUGACAAACUAAUAUUUAUAAUUUCCCAAUGAUAUGCAAAUGGUUAUGAAUGACUUGUUCAUAUUUUGUGCAAUGUUAAAAUAUGUAUUUCAGUUAGUCACUCUCUCCACAAGCUAACUAACUACAUCUAGCUAUAUAUGUAUUGUAGAAAACUGUAGUCCACAGUCUGACACCUCGAUCAGACCGACAGCGUCAUUACACACCGUUUUGCAUAGCUACGCAACUAAACUGAACGCAUGUAUAUACCAUACCAUGUUAUGCAUUACACAGAACGCACUGCAACUGCCUCUGCAACGCAAUGCUGCAAAGCAAAAGCAGAAUUCCUUUGUAAAUGAAUGUACUUCUGGUGUAUCAAAACGCUGUCGGUCUGAUUGAGGCGUCAAUGUUGGAAUACAACUUUAUAAAGACACAGGAAAACCAUAGAGAUCCCCUUACAUUCAGAUUGGUUGAACAGAUACAACAUGAAUGAUAAAUCAAAGUACAGUCAUUUCAGGGGAUGAGAGCAGAAGAAAUUAUACUUUUAAUUUCUUUAUUAUGCAUACACAUUUGAUCUGUUUUAAUAAAAUGUUUUAAAC